GCCUGGGCGGGGCGCGCGACAGCACACGGCGGCGAUGGCGGCGGACGGGGACUGGCAGGAUUUCUAUGAGUUCCAGGAGCCGGCCCGGAGCCUCCAGGACCAGGAGAACUGUAACGCGAGCCCCGAGGCCGGGGCAGGGCCGGGCGGGGGAGGCGACGGCUUCCCGGCGCUGGCCUGCAGCUUGGAGGAGAAGCUGAGCCUGUGUUUCCGCCCCUCGGGGCCGGGCGCCGAGCCCCCAAGGGCGGCCGUGCGGCCCAUCACCGAGUGCAGCCUCCUGCAGGGGGACGAGAUUUGGAAUGCCCUGACAGAUAAUUAUGGAAAUGUAAUGCCUGUAGACUGGAAGUCUUCACAUACCAGAACCCUGCAUUUGCUUACUCUGAACCUCUCAGAAAAAGGGAUAAGUGACAGUUUGCUGUUUGAUACAUCAGACGAUGAGGAGCUGAGGGAACAGCUGGAUAUGCAUUCCAUCAUCGUCUCCUGCGUGGAUGAUGAGCCCCUCUUCACUGCGGAUCAGGUUAUUGAAGAAAUCGAAGAAAUGAUGCAGGAAUCACCGGACCCAGAAGAUGAUGAAACGCCCACACAGUCAGAUCGGCUCUCGAUGCUUUCCCAGGAAAUUCAAACUCUUAAGAGGUCUAGUACAAGCAGUUAUGAAGAGAGAGUGAAAAGGCUCUCAGUAUCUGAAUUAAAUGAACUACUGGAAGAAAUUGAGACCGCCAUCAAGGAAUACUCUGAGGAGCUGGUGCAGCAGUUGGCCCUGCGAGAUGAACUGGAGUUUGAAAAGGAAGUGAAAAACAGCUUUAUUUCUGUUCUCAUUGAAGUGCAAAACAAACAGAAAGAGCACAAAGAAACAGCCAAAAAGAAAAAGAAACUCAAGAAUGGCGGCUCUCAGAAUGGGAAGAACGAGAGAGGUCAUAUGCCCGGCACAUGGAACAGAAGGCAGUAGAACCUUACCGGCCACCCUGUUUCUUGCCUGGUCAGGAUGCAGUGGGGCCGGGUUGGCCACAUCUACUGGCUCAGCUCCCAUCAGCCGCAGAGCAGGAGUUCCAAGGAGAGUUCCUUUACUUAACUUCUUUUGCUAGGAUCAGCUGUUAGUUUUGCAUUUUUCCGAGUUACCAUGGCUUCAUAUCAUUGCAUUUUUAUUUCUUUCCACUAAGCCUGGAUUGCAUGAAAGCCAUCUUUCACUAGUAGUCAAGCUACCAGUAGUUGAAAUGGUUCAGCAAUGUCCACAACUGCAUGUUUAAUAAGGAAGCCUAAAUUACACAUAUAGCUUAGGAAUUUAAGAAUUUGCAUCAACUUUUUUUUUUUUUCAGUGACAGGAAUUAAGUUUCCAGUUGGGAAAAUAGAGAUAGUAUCUUUAGAAUGUGUUGUUCAAAUAUAAAGUGUACCUUAGUUUCCUGAUACAUGGAUUCUAAAACUUUUCACCUUGCUUGAGAUUUUCUGAAUUUAUAUCUAGCUCUAACAUGCCCAUGGAUAAUGGAGCGAAGUGAUAUAGAAAAUUAAGUAUUUUUCUCUUUGUUGCUUUUGAAAGGAAAUACAUUCGAUAGAAAUAAUUUUUAAAGGAGGAUCUGACUUAUUUGAAAACAGUUUCCCAUAAUUUUUAUUGCAGCCUCUGGAGCUUAGGAAGUCAUCUCUUUUGAUAAUCUGUUUAAAAAAUGUGAACAAAUUAUAUGAUGGCAUGUGAAAAGUUGACAAAAAUAGUUAAAACCAGCCUACUUCAUCAAAAGUAAUAGUGAUGCUGUCAGCAAACUGAAGCAUGUUCAGUUGAGGUGUCUUGACCAACCUUGGAUUCUUGCUGAGACAAAAUGGCAUGCAGACCUGGGAAGGAGUGGGUGGGGAGGAAGGAUGAUUCAGGAGGAGAGGUGUUAUACGAGUUCCCCAAGACGGUCAAGUUUGGUACAGUACUCAGAUUUUCAGCAAUACCAUUGAGUGUGUGACUGAUACAGAGGUACUUAGCUCCUUCAAAGAUAAAACCUUUUGCUGUUUCUCUGCUUUUUAUUGUGAGGACUUCUUUACAUUCUUAAAAUUUAUCGAACACCCCAGAGAGCUUUUGUUUAUAUAGAUUAUAUUGAUUGAUAUUUACUGUAUUAGAAGUGAAAACUGAGAAAAUUUAAAAAUAUUUAUUAAUUAACUUAAAAGUACCAAUUAGAAAUUCACUAAUGCUUUUAUGAAAAAUAACUAUAUGUAAAAAAAUUAGUGAGAAAAAUAACAUUGCUGUGCAUUUUUGUCAAUUUCAUUAAUAUCUAGGUUAAUCAAAGACGACUAGGUUCUCAAAUCUGCUUCUGCAUUCAAUCUGUCAUUUGUAAUAUUUUACUCUAAGUCAUGAGAGAAGAGAGCAAAAAAGGCAAAUUACAUCUUUGUAUUUCUAAGAAAAUAGUUUUCAGCUCAUGGACCCCUGGGGGGUUCCUGGACCACACUUUGAGAACUGCUUGGCUCAGUUAUACAUUUCUUGAGGACAGAGACCAUUGCUUUGGUUUCCCUUCUUCUAUUCCUUGGAGCCUGGUAAAAUACUCUAUGUUGACUCCUCCAAUGUAUUUACUGAUUCAACUUUCCCCUAUAAAAUUCCAGGGAAAGGAACUAUGGGUAAAUCAGGACUGAACUUCCUGUUCAGGAUGCCUUUCCCCUUAUUAGUCAUGCUGUAAGAAUCCAUCUAAGUCCUUUGACUCAGCAGCCAUAGAGGUGCCACUGGACUCUUUACUCUGUCUGAUGACAUUGUAGACUGGUUACAAAUCAAGAUAAGUAGUUUAGGAAAAAAUACUCCCUUUUCAGUACAAUGAGUUCUAGGAAGUCUUGGCGGUUGCUGGGAGAAAGAAGCUAGAAUUAUUUCCUAGAAACAGAGUGAAAAAGUCUUUGCAGAAGUUUUAGGGAGCCUAGCUGGCACAUGGGACCCACUCUGCUCUCCAGGAAGCAUAUGUGCUCCUCCAGUUCGCAUUUUCUGCACCAAGGCAAUGGCAGGUGGCCUGAAGAGUGAGUGGGAAGCAAUAAUCAGCUCUCCAAGUAACAGCAUUUUCGUUUGCCAAGUGUUAUGUUAAUGUUCUCCAAAUUUAUGGUAGAAAUAUGCAAACUUAGGUUGAAAAUAUGCAUACUGUUAGUUUAAGUUUUCAGACUUUUGAUAAAAUGUAGGUAAACAAUCCCAAAAGGUAUCUUAAAAAUUAUGUGCUAAAUUUUUGCAUAAAACAAAUAUGUGUACAACUUACAUCGUUUACAUCAGAGCAAAGUUAUCAGCCACAUCAGGAAAAAUCUUUAUGAAUACAGUAGCAUAAAAGCAGUUGCUUUUGCGUUUGACUUGCAAAGAAAUGGGAGCAAAGAUGUUUUAAAAACAGCAUGACUUUGUCUGCUUUAUCUGAAUGAGUAGAGGCAUUUUCUAACUGCUUGCCUGUUGGGCACGUAAGUCGUAGUGGUACACUCUUACUAAUAGUCUCUGAACUUCUUUCUCUGUCCUUUUCUUCCGGGCCGUACAUUGCUGC